CAACACCGGCUGGAGCGAUUACCUAUCUACCAUUCAUAGGAGGAACAAUGCCAAAACACAUUGGCGCUUACCUGUAUAGUUUGAACGCAAUACCUAUACAUACUAUCAGGCUCGCGUAUUGGCCCAGAUAAAGCAGUGUGCACAUUGAUAGCUGAUAGGUUCAUGAUUAAGCGUUUGUAAUAAUAAUAAUGGACAAUCUUUGACAGUACAUGUAUAUCUAGGUAAGUGGAUCAGGAGACUUUUAGAAAAUAUGACCUUCCACUUAUGGCGUUUGAAAGCAGUUAACCUUAAGAGAACAGUCAAGCAUUAAUACUUAAAACACCGCGUGAAGAAGGAAUUAAAUAUACCAGGGACAGAAAUGCAUAUACAAGCAAAAUAUCAGAAGUGUUUCGAUGUAUCAACGCGUUCAUAUAGAUGAGGAUGUGAUGUGAUUUUUCUGUGAUUCGCUACGUGGAUUUUUUACCCGGCAAACUGGCCGGUUGGGGCGAAGUUGAGCUGCACAGCUUUUCUGCCUUCCAACCUCCUGAGUCCCGGGCUUCUAGACCUGUGACGUCCCACCAGAAUCCCUUACCUGUCCCAGAACAAGAGCAAGCGACACCAGCGACCAUGUCUGCAUCAUUAUUCACAAUCAGCUCGAGCGAAGCUGCAAAACUUGUGCGAAACCAGCGCAAACGUGACGAUGACAAGUACUGUUUUCUACUACAAGUGUCUUUCCAGUCAGUGUACAGUGACUCUGCGAUCCCAAACACGUGCCUGAAGAAGAUCCCCCGGCUUCUAAACGGCAUUCCGCUGGGUCCCGGCGUAAUGGCUCGGGACCAGAUAGACAGUAUCCGGUGGAGGUACAUCGAAGGCGGCACCCGGCUGCACACGUUCAUCUCCGUGCCUAUGUACGAGGAGGACGCUGAGGAGAGCAAGCGGGCGCUGCGGGACAGCCUUAUGAAGCAGUCCCAAGCAGUGUUUGGCGACAUCACUGUCAAAGCGUCCAUGAUCCUUUCCCAUUGCGUCAACUACGACGAUGACAUCAUCAUCAACGACAUCGCCGUCCCGUUUGAGGAAGGACUUCAUUUCAGAGACUAACUAUAGGGCGGUCUUAGCGUCACCCAUCGCCAUCAUGUCACGUUCAGAAUAUAUGUACACAACCGCCUACACAUUGACGUACCUAGAUGAGUUUAUAAUAAUAUUGGCAGCAGUUAUGUUAUUGUGGGUGUUAGUUUUUAUACAUAUUUCUCUGUUUCUCGUCCAGAGACGCCAGGUAAAUCCGAUUCAUGAAAAUGUGCCAAACAACUUUCGUGUAUGAAUUGUAACUAAUGUAGUGACAUUGCGAUCUCUCCUACACUAGAAACAGUUCAGAGCAAUUCCAGAGAUGCUAUUAAAAGUUUAAGAUUGGCUGAUACAACAGGUGCUUCACGAAAAUAUUUGCUGAAUUUCUGUAGACAGCCAACAAACUUCAGAACGCGAGCUGUGCGACCACGUAUACAUUUAAAUACAGCACACAUAAUCAAUUCAACGUACCGAUUUCUUUGGAAUAAGUACGAACAUGACUUUGUGUGUUCAUUGAAACUAAUUGAUCGUUUCAAGAUCUUAUCAGUAACAAAUCUUUUUCAUACGAUAAGAAAUAUUGAGACAUUAAUGUUUAAAUGACACCGAACUUACAAUGUCAACUGGUAUUUGCCAAUAACGAAUAUAUUAUAUCGUUUUGUUUGUUCUUGAUACAUAGUGAUGUACAUUUGAAACAAGUAUACGGAAGUUUACCAUAGUGUCUUUCAUUUACAUACAAAAGGUUACAUAAUUAAUAUUUAUACAUGCAUAUUUGAAGUAAAAAGCGUAUAAAUAUUUUACCUCAAAUGGUUAAUGCCAAUUGUUAGUUAAAACCUGUUUGUUUUCUUAUGUUUUGUUAAUUUAUUUUUAAUGAUUUUACCACAUUGUUACAUGUUUGUGAAUGAUCAUGUUUUGCUGUGUUUAACUAAUGUUUGAAUUUUAAUAAAUAUUCCA